CUAAAACUACUACAGAAACUGACUCAGAAAAUAUAACAAAAGAAGCUAACAAAUAUUAUCUAACAAAAAUAGUUAAGAACUCAUACUCAGAAAAAGAUAACAACAUGAAGAAGAUUACCUUUAAUAUUGUAACUUCUAAGAAAUAUAAAAAGAAAAAUAGCUUAAAAGAUG